AUGAAAGCCAACUUUCUGUUCCUCUCUCCGCUCUUUAUUCCCACCUUCGCUGCCAAGUCCGCGGCCCAGGCACAAGCUUCUAUCCAAUGUCCUAGCCUUCCUCCCUCUAGCCAUGCCUCCCAAUCUUACUGCAAAAUGGCCGACGGUUCACUGAUCUAUGUGGAAGGCGUGGGACCAUUCGACUGCGAGAUUCCUGAUAACACUAUCCGUCCCCAGAGGAAUGAAGACAGCACGACCCCAGAGUCAGAGAAGCUUCCCAGCAAGGAGUCCACACACUAUGAGGUUCGGCUCAUUCAGUUUACCAGCGACGGUAAUGUGCGCCGUGGUUGUUGUGUAGAUGGGAUCGCUGUUUUUGAUAGUCGAAUCUCAAGUCUUCACUCUUCGGAGUCCAAAGAUAGGAAUCAAAAGCCGCUAGAGAAAUUGCAAUCAGAUCAUCAGGUAGUGAACAGAAAGCUUCAGACGCAGGACGAAAAGGAGCUUGAGAACGAAAGUGAAGGCCCGCGCUAUAAUGAACGGGAUCUUAAGGACUUGGGUGAAGGAGACGAAUCAGACAAUGGUUACGAUUAUGAUACCGACGAAGCGGAUGACUUGGAUUCUGGGGAGGAGAAUGAGAAUGAUGAUUACAGUGACUAUGGAUAUGAUGAAGAUGAUGGAGAUGAUGAAGAUGAUGAAGAUGAUGAAGAUGAUGAAGAUGAUGAAGAUGACGAAGAUGACGAGGAUGACGAGGACGAUGAGGACGAUGAGGACGAUGAGGACGAUGAGGACGAUGAGGACGAUGAGGACGAUGAGGACGAUGAGGACGAUGAGGACGAUGAGGACGAUGAGGACGAUGAGGACGAUGAGGACGAUGAGGACGAGGUAGAUGGAGAGGUUACACCAGACAGUAAGGCUGAACUACCUCUAGAGAAUUAG